AUUUGACAUAUCAUCUGUUAACUACAUCAACUUCAGGCGACAUGGGCAAGAGGUAUAUGCCCUCGAGACAUGAAGGCCUUAGAGUUCGCGACGCGGUUGAACAGAAACGCCCCCGGCACUAUGCUGCCACCGAUGUGGAUACGCCUAUAGUGUUCAAAUCGUCAGUCGACUUCUUUGAUCAGCUCAACGCCGCCGACAAGGAAGACGAGCUCGCGUAUAGACGGGAUGCUCCUGCAAAUCGCACCCACCGAUCGACGGCCGAGUUGUUGUCUGAAGAUGUCGACCCUGAGGGUAACACUUCGCAGCGUCAUGACUCAGCUGCCUCCGUCGACCUGUCGUCUCGCUCGCAAGGGCAAUCGAGGUCGACCUCAAAGUCGACAUCCAAAAGACUGAAUUCUUCCAAAUCGGCCAAACGUCCCAACAGAACCUCUGUUGAUCGCGAUUUCCCAGCUAUGGACGCCAACGUCAGCGAUGGCCAUUCAGAAGACUCGUCUGUCCAAGAUGACGGAGAGCAUGUCACCAAGAAAGCACGGCAAAGCAAGACACCAGCUAGAAAGAUGUCCAAAGCAUCAAGCAAGGCGAUUGACUCGGUCGGCUAUCUGAAUGUCGUUCUCGAAACUAUGCGAGCCGCCCAGAGGGAGGCGACAAUUGAGAGAUACAAGGUCGCCAAGCACAUUGCAGACGCAAAUUUACAGCUUCAAAGAGAGAGCAUUGAGCGGCAAGAAGCUGCGCAAGCACGACGAGAAGCUUAUCGACGCGAGGCGGAAGAACGACAAGAAGCUCAUCGACGCCAGUUAGACGAACAACGAGAAGCUCGUCAACGCGAGACGGAAGCUUAUCGACGCGAGACGGAAGCUUAUCGACGCGAGACGGAAGCUCGUCGACGCGAGGCGGACGAACGAUUCUACCGACUCUUACAGACGAUGGGUAGAGGCGCAUAAGAAGCGACGCGCUCGCCUCUAGCGAUGCACUUCGAUUAAACCUCUAGACCGCAUGCAUUCUAUGGAUCGUGUCUAGCGAUUGACAAUCAUCUGAUACCGGUUUCUAUGUCUCUUCAAGUGGCUCUUCAGGUCUCUCUCUCAUCGUCAACAAGGUACAACGCCUCCUGAUGAUCCGAGUCAGAGUUUCGGCACCCGACAAAUGCCAAAUUUCAUCUGUCCGCCGUGAACUACGAACUCUGAAUUGCCCUACUAUCUAAUGACUACACGUACUCCAGCUGUAGUGUGACUUCACGUACUUUGCUUGACGCUGCGACUGUACAGGAAGCACUUCGACAGUAUGACAGCUG